GGAGGGUUUUCUCCUGAAUGGGACAGCUGACACAGAGUGCACCUCUCUGGGCACAUGGAGCAGAGGAAUAACCCACUGUCAGGCACGUCCAUGCCCCCUAUUGGCCGAAGCUCCACAACAUGGGCAAAUGAACUGCAGCCAUCCAUACUCCCCUUUCAGCUAUGACUCCCAAUGUGACUUUGGAUGUACUGAGGGUUUCUGGCUGAGAGGAAGACCUACUGUGACGUGCAAUAACUCAGGCCACUGGAGUCAGGAUCUACCCACCUGCGAGCUUGUACAGUGUGAGGAUAUCCAUGCCUUGUCUCCACCCCUGUCUGUGAACUGCUCCCACCCUCUGGGGAACUUCAGCUUUGGCUCCAAGUGUCUUUUCACCUGUAAAGACAGAUUCUCCCUGAAUGGCACUGAUGUGUUGCUCUGCUCGUCCACUGGGUUUUGGAGUGACAGUCUGCCAAACUGCACAGUAAAAAAGUGCACCCCCAUUUUCUCUCCUGUCACGGGCAACAUGACAUGCGUGGACACUCUGGAGCCUUUCUCCUUUGGCUCAUGGUGUGACUUCACCUGCCAGGAAGGCUACUACCUGAGUGGAAAUAGCACACUCACCUGUCUGGCGUCAGGACAGUGGAGUAAACCUACACCUACAUGUGCCGUGGUGCAGUGCAACAGCCUAGAGGCUCCACUUCAUGCCUCCAUGCAAUGCCUGGACCCUUUGGGAGAGUACAGCUAUGACUCAAUAUGCUCUUUGCAAUGCGAAGAAGGAUUUGAACUGAUUGGCACAAACAAAACUAAAUGUUCCUCACAGGGCAACUGGAGUCACGCACUUCCUGUCUGCCAGGCUAAGAGGUGCAUUCCCCAAAAUCCGCCCUCUCACGGCUCCAUUUCCUGUUCCGACCCUAAUGGAUCCUUCAGUUUCGGUUCUCGGUGCACGUCGACCUGUGACGAGGGUUUUCUCCUGAAUGGAACGACCAGCACUGACUGCACCUCUGUGGGCACGUGGAGCACAGAUCUGCCACAUUGUUUGGCUAAUCCAUGUCCCCCCCUCCACCGUCCCUCUCAUGGCUCUUUAUCCUGCUCCCAUCCCCAUGGAGAGUUCAGUUUUGGGUCUCGGU